AUGGCAACUCCCUUCAAGAUUAAAGUCGAGCCCCAAAACUCGGGCCUGUUGGGCUUGAAACUUAGUGAGAAUGAAGCUUCAAAAGUGACGGAUUUGCUUCAGAAGGAUCUUGAGCAUCAUCAUGUCUUUUUCAACGAGGCUGGCUUUCAUGACCAUCUCGUCCAUCAAGUCCUCACUUUGUACGGCACAGGCGCAACACCAAGCAUUCUAGACAAAGCCUAUGACGCCAACAAGUCAUAUCAACUCAAAGCCAUGAAACCAAAAUCCGAAGUCAUUGACAAACUAGAGCACGGCUCAGAUUGGUCAGAAUACCUCGGCAAAGGCCGUAACUACGCUACAUUCUUCCGCUUCUUCCAGGACGAGAUUGAGAGAAUCGGCUGGCAGGAAACUCUCAAGGAGUAUCUCUUCAAAGACGAUGCAAGGGGACGUGAUAUGCAGAGCCGCUUGUUCGCAGGCGUUCUCCAUCCGCUUAUCCAGCUCCUCUACGGUAUGGAAUGGUCGCAGCCUAUGAUCAUCGCGGCGGGUCUUGCGCAAGCUGCUGUUCAUCGAGAUGAUUACCACGAGUUCUUUACCCUCGCUGCAAAAAAGGCAGAGGCUUCUGAUGCGCCGCCGAAGAUGAAGACCAUCAUUGAACUUUACGAGGAGGUGGCUAAGGAUGAGAAACUGAAACAGAGCUCGCACUGGGAGGAUUCGAAUCGUGUCUUCGAUGGUGUCCUUGUAAGGGCGAAGGAGGAGAUGAUUGGCCUGGCGGCGAGGGUGAGAAUUGGUGAAGAUGAGUUGGACGAGAGAACAGCUGAGAUGGUGCAUACUUCUGCGUUUGUCGCUUCAGGCGCUGCUUUUCACCCUCCCUAUUCCCCUCGCUUCGAUUUCAUUCUCAUGCAUCACAUCAACUCCACACCCUUCUUCAUCACCUUCAACAGCCAAUCCUGGAUCCCAGCCUCCAUCAAAGCACGCUUUCUCGAGUACAAAAUCCGCAUAGAUCUACUGCAAUACAUCGCCCGUGGUACGCCAGUUCUCCGAAGCGAUUUGCUUCGUGAAUACAAACCCCAAAAUGGAGACAAGCUGGUCGACAAGCCGGAGGAUUUGUUCCCCAGGAUCCAUGAGAUUGUGGACGAUGGACAUACUGUUAAGCUGGCGAGGGCGCUAAUGCUGGCUCAGAGAGUCACGAAACCGUACGAGGAUAAAGACUGGGUUAGGGUCAAAGGCGAUGAGUGGCUGAAGGCAGUGUAUGUGCUGCUGGAUGUCAAUGGGGAGGCUGAUAAGCAGGGGGGCACAAUGUGGGUGAGAUCUGCAGGAUUUGAGGAGGCUUGGGAGGAUAUUCCCAAGGCAAAGAUGUAA